UUGAUAGACGGAGCUCUAAGUUGUCUGUCCUCCUCCCUUUUAUUUCUCUUCCUCCUCAUACCUGUCUGUCGUCACUGAACACUGGGAAUGGUGGGGACAGCACCAAAAUACUGCCCACAGCAUGUGUCAUUGAAGUAUUGUAAGAUCCGGUGUGGUUAAGAUUCCAAAUCUCCUCUGACAGUGGAGGAUCAUCAGGGAAGAUGGAUCGCUCCUGUGUAAACUGCCUGAAGACUCUGUUGAUCGCUCUCCACUUUCUCUGCUGGCUGUGCGGUGCCUUCGUGGUGGCUUUCGGAGAAUACCAGAUGAUGAACUCCAGGUUCGCCUCCCUCGUCACCACCUUCUGGCCCAUCUACCCCGCCAACACUCUGGUGGUCACUGGCACCAUCGUUACGUGUGUGUGUUUUAUAGGCGUGCUGGGAGGCAUGAAGGAGAACCGCUGCAUGCUCAUCAGUUUUUUCUUCCUGCUGUUUCUUCUGCUGCUGGUGGAGCUGGCCAUGGCCUGUGUGUUCUUCGUCUAUAGCAGAGAGAUUGACUCAUACUUUGAGAGAGACCUGAUGCACAGCCUGGAGAUCUACAGACAGACCAGUCCAGAGGCAAACACGACCAUUAAAGAGGAUUUUGACGCUGUGCAGGACCUGUUUAAGUGCUGUGGAGUUCAUGGUGUGUCUGACUGGAAGGGGAAUAUCCCAACCUCCUGUUGUGUCAAGGACCCCUGCAGCAGCCCCAUCCAAAUCAACUGGCAAGAGGGUUGUCUCCUCAAAUUGAAGGACUGGUUUGCAAGAAACUAUCUGAACACAGCCGCUGGUGUUGUCACUAUGUUUAUCAUACAGUGUAUCUGUCUGUGUAUCACCAUCCCUGUCUUUUGCCGCUUCAGUCGACAUGGACUGGGUUACCAGUAAAAACAGGGAUUCAAUAAAUGAUAUCUGCAAUGUACAGUGACUUUCUGCAUGGUAACAUGUUGCUUUUCCCUGUAUAAACUUGACUAUAAACUUGUAUAAAACUAAAGUUAGCCAGCGGAAGAAACUGCUAUCUCUUCGACCAGGAAUAAAUCAAGAGGAUGGCUGCUCAUUAUCACUUUUAAUUAUGGCAUAUGAGGUGACAGACCAUCAAAUGUGAUAUGGAUAAUGUCGACACCUCAUCUCCCUGGUAUAUUGGACUUAAAUAAAAUGUUGAACAAACUAGAGGUAGAGAAAGUCUCCCCAAAAAAACCUUGAUCAUUAUUUUACCCUUAGUUAUUUGUAGGGUUUCCCCUGCAAGCCUCUCUCAACUAUCAGCCGAUUCAUACAAAAUAUUAAGGUUCUUUUCUGGAAAGUGUUAGACGCAACUCCCUGCUCCUGGGUCUGGGUGAGACUGUAAAUUGAAUAAUCAAUUUUCGUACCUUAUAUCCGGCCACUUUCCAGUGUUGACCCAGGAUGCAGUCUGCAGGCGUCCCUCUACCAGCCCCACGUUGGGUGCCAUAUGUUGAAGGGAGCUCUAAUGAAAAACACACAGAAGCAGUAUUGCAGUGGAAGGAUUCGUUUAUUAGAAUGUACUACAGCUUUGAUACUAUUUGAUAAACAAUACUGCCUCAAGUUCUGACAUGCUCGAGUGAAUGCUACAUUUCCUGUAACUGCUCAUUAGUGUGUAUGUGAGUGACUUUCUCAUUGUCAAGCCUAUUGUUUGUGCACCCCUGUAUGUAUGUAUGUCUUUUGUUCAUAUAGGGUUACAACUGAGGAUUGGUAUUUCCUUUGCUACAGCCAAGUUUGAUCAAAAGUACAGUUAUAUAACUGGUCAUAGAACACUGGUCAUUUAGACAUCAAGUUAAACCUAAUAACGUAAUUUGUUCUAGCAAUUGAAAAAUAAGUAAGUUAAACGUGAGUUUUUUUGACUCUGCACAAUUAACCACAAAUGAUGAUUCAGUCAUUUCUGUUUUUGUGAUAUUUCUUUUUGUGAAAGCAAGUCUUAUUUUUAGAACGCAUCAGUAGAGCUGAUCUUUAGCUUCCAAAGACGACUUCAUAGCUAAUGUCUGCCAUGGGGAGUGUUACAUGUAGUCUGCUGAGUCAAUGUUGUAAAAUAUGAACAACAUUGUCAUUCAGGGGCUUCUUUCUCAUGAAAGGUUGUUUUCCGCCAAAUGAGACAUAUAAUGUGAAAGCAGUGUUACAUUGUCUGGAGGUUUGCUGUGGUGGAUGGAAAGACAGCCAUUAAUUCAGCCCCUGCUGGAUGGCUGGCUACUGGUGUCUCUAUAGGAACUUUGUACGUAUGCUAACUCUGCCGAUGUAUACUUACCAAAUACUGAUGAAAUAUUGUUGGUGGUUAUGUAUGUGUUUGAUUGGGUUUUUAACAGUUUUUGGGCUGGAAACCGUGUAUCUGACAAAACGGUCUAAUUCUGGAAUAAAUUUCUAGCAUAGACAAUAAAUAUGCAUGGCUAA